AUGACAACGGGCCUGGUGUCCGUGAUCUCGGAGAAAUGCGAUACAUUUGUAAACGUAUCGCCCACCUCUGCGCCCCCUUUCUUCCCCUGCCCCCUCCUGGCGUCCUUCCGGAUGCGUUACCCUCGCGCCGCCACGGAAUGUGAUUCCGGGCUGGAGGAGAAAGAGCGCUCCAGACCGCGCCGCCAGUUCCAGCUGGAGCGGCCUUCCAGCCGGCGUCCCAUUACACGGCCGGCGUACAAACUGCGGAUCCGGAAGCCCGCCGUGUCGCCCCACGCCGGAGCCGCUCUUUGGGGAGAGUGCGGCUACUGGGCCGGCGUGCCACCCCCACCGCCCCCGCCGCCCCCGCGCCUGCGCGUGUCGCCCCGUGUCGCAUCCGGCCGUUCUGCCCCGGCUGUCCCGGCUGACAGUCGCACGUGCUCCGCCGCCGGGAUCGCACCGACCGAACGAUUCCCGGAGGCGACGCCGCCGCCGCCGCUGAAAGAGAUCGCCGCCGCACGUCCGGACGCGGCCCGUCGCUGUAGAGUCCACCAGGUGGUGCACGCGCUGACGGUCGAGGAGGUGGAGGCGGUGGCCAGCCCGCACACCGUCUCCAUGGACUCGGGCAUCUCGUCGGCGGGCAACGGGCUGUCCAAGACGGCGUCGUCGUCGGCGCCCGCCACCGCCACCUCGUCGUGCCCGUCGGCCGAGGAGCAGCAUCGCGCUUUGGACGCCCUGCUCACCGACAUGCUGCUCACGGUCCAGAGCAUACCCGACCUGCCGCCGCCGCCCAGGUAUGUGGAGCUGCCGGCCCCUGCUUAA